AUGUCCAAUAAAGACCCUGUUUAUAAUAUCCAAAGAGAAGAUACCCCAUUACGUACUAAGGCUGCUUCUCCAUAUACUUUGAUUGCACCUGUUGAAGAAGAUGGCUUAUCUUGGCCCUCAAUUGGAUCUCGUACAAGAUCUAAAGAAUCAACAGUAGAAGAACAAGCACGUAUUAAAAGAAUUUCAGAUGCUGUAAAAGUCAUAUUAACGGAAGUUGGUGAAGAUGUUGAAAGAGAAGGUUUGUUGGAUACUCCAGAAAGAUAUGCCAAGGCAAUGUUAUAUUUUACUAAAGGUUAUCAAACCAAUAUACUAGAUGACGUUAUACAUAAUGCUGUCUUUGAAGAAGAUCAUGAUGAAAUGGUCAUUGUAAGAGAUAUAGAAAUAUAUUCUUUAUGUGAGCAUCAUCUUGUACCAUUUUUUGGUAAAGUUCACAUUGGUUAUAUACCCAAUAAAAAAGUACUUGGUUUAAGCAAAUUAGCACGUUUAGCUGAAAUGUAUGCUAGAAGAUUACAAGUUCAAGAAAGAUUAACUAAACAAAUUGCAAUGGCUUUAAGUGAUAUAUUAAAACCAUUGGGCGUGGCUGUUGUUAUUGAAGCCUCUCAUAUGUGUAUGGUAUCCAGAGGUAUACAGAAGACUGGAUCUUCUACUGUCACUUCAUGCAUGUUAGGUGGUUUCAGACAACAUAAGACAAGAGAAGAAUUCUUAAGUUUAUUAAAUAGAAAAUAG